GCUGGCAUUGAGUCCUACAGCCCACUCCUACUCAUACAAUGGCCAUCGCACCCUUCGCGGUCCCCGUGCGGAGACUACUUUUUCCCCUUCGCUCUUCAGCCCGAUCCUUCUCGACAACCCUAUCCCGAGAUGCCACCUGGGGCUUCAUCGGGCUAGGCCAGAUGGGUUACCCCAUGGCCAAAAAUCUACGGGCAAAAAUCCCGGAGUCGGACACCCUCCUCAUAUGCGACUCCAACCCCGAUGCGACAAAGAGAUUCACAGCCGAGCAGUCCGGCAAACGGAUAGAGGUCGCCUCAAGUCCCCGAGAACUUGCAGAGAGAUCCGAAACCAUCAUAACCAGCCUUCCCGAACCGCAACACGUCAAGGGGGUUUUCCACACCAUCCUCAAGGACGGUCUACCCAAGUUGGCGACAGAACGCCUCUUCAUCGAUUGCUCCACCAUCGAUCCCAUCUCCUCGCGAGAGGUCGCGGCUGCCGUUCAUUCGACAGGCUCCGGCCGGUUUGUCGACGCUCCCAUGUCUGGGGGUGUGGUUGGCGCUACCGCCGGGACCCUCACCUUCAUGGUCGGCGCUUCGUCGCAGAUUCCCGGGCUGGUGCAGGAGGCGGAGAAGGUAUUGCUCCUCAUGGGAAAGAAGGUAUGGCAUCUCGGGGAGCAAGGCGCCGGUCUCUCUGGGAAACUAGCGAAUAACUACCUCCUCGCCAUCACCAACAUCGCUACGGCAGAGGCUAUGAACCUGGGAGUCAGGUGGGGUCUGGAUCCCAAGGUCCUGGGCCAGAUGAUCAACUCCUCUACCGGUAGGAGCUGGUCCAGCGAGGUGAACAAUCCCGCUCCCGGUGUCGUAGAGACUGCACCCGCCUCGCGCGGUUAUUCGGGCGGGUUCGGUGUUAGUUUGAUGAAGAAGGAUCUCAGACUCGCUGUCGAGGCCGCGAAUGAGGCCGGAACCCGUCUGGAGCUGGCCAGCAAGGCCCAGGAGGUCUAUGACUCCACGGAAGCCGCCCACAAAGGCAAGGACUUUUCCGUCGUGUAUCAGUACUUGAAAGAUCACUCGCGUUGAGAUAUCCAUCUGGU